CGUCAACGCGUCAGGAAUUCUAACAACCACGGUUGGUGGUUUCAAUAUGACAGCAUGAGAACGUUUGUCGACGAUUCCGAUGAUGGUGGAGGUGACACAGUUAGCGAGAGUCAGUCGCCUGUGUCUGCCAAAGGAAACCCAGCCGAAAUAUGUGAAGUCGAAGAGACGCAAGAAGCAGCUUGUGCAGGUCUCGGACAUUCCGUUGAGGCCUUCACACCCCUCGUCGAACAUAUCACUCCUCUGAGACCCUCGAGUAAACGUAGGAGAACGAUCAACGGCCACGUUACUGAUAGCUCUCCUACCAAGCGGUUGGAAAGAAGUAAGACCAUGCGAACUUAUGGAAAGCCAACGCAGCAUAGAGCUGCAGAUUAUUCAGAGAUCAAUGAGACUUUUCGAAGAACACAGUUCACCCAGGGGGAUACUUCGGCCAUCAAGUCUUCGAAUCAGUCGAGAAAUCCAAGUAGCCAGACGAUUCAUAGUGAGAUGACCCAAGCCUGGCAUUUACCCGCGUCUCUACAGCAAGAAUUUGCUUUACACGAGCCAAACGCAAUGUUCCCCGACCCAUCAAGCACAGUGCCAGACAACAGCUCGACACAGAAACACCUCGUUCAAGAUGCGAUCGACGCCUUUAGAGCCCCUACAGUCGUGGAGAUUUCUGUGACAGAUUUCACUACCCAGAAGACGAACGAAUCCUCCGUGCCGUGGUCAGACUACCUUCAGACGCAACCUGCAGAACCUGCCAAAACCCCGACGAACGCUGCAGCCCCAGAACCCCCUUCUACAACAGACCACACAGCUUUUCUUGAUACACUACCAAAAUUGAGUGAUUCUUCUACUAGAAAGCGAAAAGCAACUAGUUCUCAGAUCAUUGGGACGCCAGAUCAGGGAGUAGAUUCAAGUCAGACGAAGCACCGGAAAGGCUACGCUAGUAGCACUAUAGAUCCUCUUGAUUCUGAUGAAUUGGCUAUUGAUCUACCACAGGAGAUGUAUAAGCCUAGGCCGAGUCGAUCACGAUCUGCGAGAUAUGCGGACGAUCCAAUUGACUCGUCUGCGACCCUCCAGAGAUUUAGUCGAAAAGUACCCAAGCGCAGCAAGACAAGUUCGGAAUGUGCAACGCACACAAUGCAGCUGUCAUCAUCUGAAAAGAUAGAAAUGAUAUGUGCCAUGGGAUUCACCAGUUCUCAAGCUCAUAACGCUCUACAGAGAUCAUAUGGAAGUCUUGAGAAAGCUGUCGAUCAGCUCUGUAACGUUGAAUCCCAAGGACCGCAUCAAUCUGUCGAGGAAGUAUCUUUUGUUGUCCAGACCAAUGUACAUCCUUCGAAAGAUAUCGAUGAAGCGCAAGUGAAAACUUCGACCGAAGAAGUCACAAGUGUUGCAACUGUAACUGCAACUGGAACUUCUAUCCCUGUGCCACCAAAAGCAGUAGAUGAGCCGACACAGAAAGAAGUCAAAGCCAUCAUUGACUCUGAAGAUGAAGGCGAUAUCGACUCACCGAUUACUGAGAACGCAGAAUAUGUGCUUGCUAAGGAAGCCAAUGGCACCUCGGCUGUAGAAGAGGAUUUAGAUGAAGAGCAGGGAACGGAUGAAGACGCUGCUGUCGAUAUGCGCACGAAGAUGAGGAGAACCAAGUCUAUGCCGGUUCUUGCUGUUCAACGAAAAAAUGAAGGGACGAAAACCAAAAAGCGACGUGGUCGUCCACGAAAGGAAGCGGAAGUCGAGCUCGAGGAUAGUCCAAAGCUCAUCGACAAAGAUUGCGGAAAGACACGUAAAGGUAGGGGCAGACCCCGCAAAAAUGUCGACAUAGUCCUGGAAAAUAUCGAAAGUCUGGUUGAAAAAGAGUUCGACGAAAAGGCCGAAGCUAAGACUGACACGGCGGUCGCAGAAGAAAAGAGCAAAGUUACCACUGCAUUGACGGAGGACUCUCCUAAUCCGAAUGCCGUCCGUACAGUAUUGCAGGCCCACUCACCUCCAUCUACUCCGCCUCAGCAGCUACCUGCGUCAGCGCGGGAUAGACCGGAAAGCAGGCACGGUCCUGAGCUCCUCUCACCGAAGAAGCCGAAAGCUCUGAGUCCUCAUUCGCCAUUGAUGAAAGGCAAGGUCUCAUAUAGAGUGGGAUUGAGCAGGAGGGCUAGAAUAGCCCCGUUGCUACGAAUUGUCAAGAAGUAA